AUGGCGCCUCCACCGCCACCGAGAACCCGGAUGGCACGCCGACGGGUCAACGUGCUCAUCUUCGUGACGUCCAAGAUCGGUCCGGAAGUGCUACCAUAUCUCAUGAAGAACUCGGACCUGAACCUGCGCGUGAUCUCGGACAGCUCGAAAGCCGAGUUCCAGACGUACAUGGAGCCGGGGAUCAGUCUGGACGAGGUGGCGUGGUACGAGAACUCGGCGCAAGACCCGUACCGCAACCAGACGAUGAUGCACGGCCACCGGCUGGCGCGGUGGGCGGAUCUGAUGUUCAUUGUGAUGGACGCCGGAAUGAUCUCGCUGAUGCUGAGUGGGUUCACGACCGACGUUGUGCUGCACGUGCUGCGGUGCUGGGACGUGUCGAAGCGCAUCGCGCUGCUGCCGGAGCUGAGCGUCGACCAGUGGAAGCACCCGACGUGGAAGAGACAGUUGUCGAAACUGCAGCGCAAAUGGGACUGGGUGCACGUCCUGUCGCCCGCGCUCUGGGACUACGCGACCGAUCCGCAGGACUUGACCCAGCCCGGUCCCAGCCCGCUCGGCCAGGACAGCGACCCGGAGAUGGAGAUCGAGUGGCAGUGGGACGGGCCGAACGAGAUGAUUGAAGCCAUCGACAGCGAGGCGCAGAUCAUCUUGCGCCAGACGCACCACCCGAAACUGCAUCCGUCGGCGCAGCACCUGCAGCUCCGGGACGUCCAUUCGGCGUCGCGGAAGCCGUGUCUGCCCACCGAGAUCUGGACCAUGAUCCUCGACCAGCUGGGCGACUGGGAACUGGCCACCGCGCUGGGCAUCUACACGCACAUCCCGCCGCCGCACGAAUGGGAGCCCCUGAUCCCCAAGCCGGCCUCCAACAAGGGCCGCUCGCUCGAAUACACCAUCCUCACCCAGCCCAUGUCGCAGGUCAAAGCCUGGUUCACCAACAACACCUCCUCGCAGCCGCCGACCACCCUCUCGCCCAUCGCAACCCGACUCAUCUUCCGUUUCAGCAUGACCGACCUCCUCACAUAUCUCGCACUACACCAGAAGGACAUCUUCUGGACCUCCUUCGGCCUGGCCCUGUUGCCGCACAAGGCAUCGCUGAUCUACAACUCGCCCACCAUUCUGCAAUGGUGGCUCGACUGUCCCGCCGUGAUCAAGAAGGAAUACGGGCCCGAAGCCAUGGACGGGGCCUCGCGCGCCGGCUUCGUCGAGGUGCUCGACUGGUGGCUCAACUCCGGCCUGAAACUGACGUACACGGAACGGGCGCUCGAAUCGGCUUCGGCCAAAGGCCACGUCGAAGUCUUGGAGUGGUGGCGCGUAAACUCGCUCAAGCUGGCCGGCACGCCGCGCGAAAUGCCCUUGAAAGUCGGCAAAUCCAUCCUGCUGGCCGCCCAGUCCGGCCGCACCAACAGCAUCGAGUGGUGGGAGUCGAGCGGCAUCCCCUAUUCGCACGAGGACGGUGUCGCCCGCCUGGCUUCGCAGCACGGCCACGUCCCCGUUCUCGAGCUGUGGCAUCAGCUCAAGGGCUCCAAGAUGAUCUUCGACAACCAGGUCCUGGUCGGCGCCACCAAGAACGGCCAUGCCGGCGUCUUGCAGUGGUGGAAGGACGUCAGUCGCAAACAUGGCGUGCGCGUCGAAUACAAGACCUGCGACAUCGAGGAGGCCAUGGAGGAUGCUGUAGGCGGCGGCGGCGAGGGCGAGGUCCGAGAGUGGUGGGGCCGGAAUGGUCUGAAUCUCGGUGUCGGCACCGGCGAGUGGAUGAGGGUGAAGACGUUAUAG